UUGGUUGGUGCAGAGCGAGGAGAGAGAGAGGGGAAGAGGAGUAGGAGGGGAUUUUGUAUCCCCAGCUCCCGAGAAGCGGAGAGAGAGAAGCUUCGGUCCGUUCGUGAGAUUUUUGGUGGCGAGUUUUGCAGUUCUUUCUUCCAAGAAUCGGAGGAGGAGGAGGAGAUGACGGGGGUUGUGGUGGUGUCGCCGUCGGGGUGCAAGGGGGGAGGAGGAGGGGCGGGGAGGGAGAGGGAGAGGCAGCAGCUGUCGGUGCUGGAGGCGCUGCUCGCGGCGGUGAGGAAGUCGGUGGUGGCGUGCAGGGUGGAGCGGGAGGACGGCGGCGGCGGUGGGUGGGGGGAGGAUGGGGAGGGGGAUGAGGAGGAGGAGGUGGCGGUGGCGGCGGCGGCGGCGAUGGGUGAGAUGGAGAUCGGGUGGCCGACCGAUGUCCGCCACGUCGCGCACGUCACCUUCGACCGCUUCCAUGGUUUCCUCGGCCUCCCCGUCGAGUUCGCCGUCGAGAUCCCCUGCCGCGUCCCCAGCGCCAGUGCUAGUGUUUUUGGUGUCUCGGCUGAAUCGAUGCAGUGCAGCUACGAUGGCAAGGGAAACUCAGUUCCCACUAUACUGCUGCUCAUGCAGGAGAGGUUGUAUGCUCAGGGAGGCCUAAAGGCUGAAGGAAUCUUUCGCAUAAACCCGGAAAAUGACCAAGAGGAGCAUGUGAGGGACCAGCUGAACAAAGGAGUUGUCCCUGAGGACAUUGAUGUUCACUGUUUGGCAAGCCUGAUUAAGGCAUGGUUCAGGGAACUUCCAGAAGGUGUACUUGAUAGCCUCUCCCCUGAGCAAGUGCUGCAGUACAAUUCCGAAGAAGAAUUCCUAGAACUUGUGACGCUUUUGCGCCCCACCCAAGCAGCGCUCCUCAAUUGGGCUGUUGAGCUAAUGGCUGAUGUUGUCGAAGAGGAGGAGCUGAACAAGAUGAAUGCUAGGAACAUAGCCAUGGUGUUUGCUCCCAACAUGACUCAGAUGUCAGAUCCUUUAACAGCCCUAAUGCAUGCUGUCCAAGUCAUGAACUUCCUCAAGACAUUGAUCUUGAGGACACUUCGAGAGCGUGAUGAUGCAGCCAGCGGAGAUUACACUCCAUAUUCAUCUCCAGCUUCAUCCAGUCAGCAUAACGAUGCUGAAUACUACGGCAGCGAGCGAGACAUGGACAGGAGCUGCGAGAUGAGCGACAUGCACAGCGAAAUCAGCAGGUCCGGCCGACAGGUGGAUUUCCUCGUGAGGUACAACACCUGCUUCGACGGCGAGCAAGAAGGCGUCGAUCCCCUGAGCGACGUCGAGGAAGUGUUCUUGAAACAGCUGGAGAGCGAUCUUGGAGUGGAUAAACGAGAGGAAGGUGCGAAAGAACAGGAUGAAGUAACCUCAGAGGUGAUGGCUGUCAAAAGUGCUGAAGCUGAGCUGAAUGUUGUUGAAGCAGGUGACAGACAGAAGGAAGACGGUGCAGAGCCGUUGCAAUGACGAACUGUUCAAUGUAUUUUGAGCCUGUAGAUCUCAUGAUUUGCUGUACUGGAUUGUUUUCUCAACACAUGGUUGAGUGUAGUGCUCAAUGGAUGUUUGACUGUAAUGUAGCAUUAUGUAAACCUAGCUGAUCCCUUUAUCCUUGGAUGUGGGUGAUAAUUAGUGUGUGUGUCAAUGUUAGUGUCACGUGAGAACUGGGAAUGCUGUUGCAGAUGUGAAUCAA